AUGAGACUCUUAAGAUAAUGUCGUUCUUUAGAAUUAUAGGAUUGCUGGUCUAAUAAUUUAUCAGCCAGAUAGAAUUGAUUUUCCUUGAUAAAAUCUUCCCAAAUGUCUAUUAUUUGCUUUAAUUUUUUUUCUCUUCGCUAGACAUCUAUAUCUCCUUUAUUACUUGAUCGAGAAAUUUAUAUUCAUCAUCUUUUAUCGACUCAUUGCAUCUCAUUUCGCUACAUUUUAUGUAAUUAUCUCUGACAGAUGCAAUUGCUGGAUCAUUUAAUAUUAAUAUAAUGCUAUCGAUCAAACCGUGAUUAUUAAAUUUUAUAAUCUUUUCAAUUCCGUCUAAGCUUACAGUACCGGACAUAAAUGCUGUGUGAUUUUCUAUAAGACGGUAUAGGAAAAUCACAUGUAUAACCUUUAAAAAAUUAAACAGCAUUUAUGACCGGUACUGUAGAAAAUUCAAGAUUGGAAACUUGAUGUAAAAAAGAAUCAUUACCGCGGUCGGUAAUUGCUCUUAUGGUAUAGGAAAGGCAUAUUAAUGUAGCUGAGUGUACAGUAAUGGUAAAAAAUUUUGUCAAUAUAAUAAUUUAAAAAUUCAUAUAACUAAAGUAACGUUAUUUCGUGAGUUUAUUUUGGUUUAUGAGAGAAAAAUUUUACUGAUAAAUUUCUUGUUUUUAUGUGUGUUACAAACUGAUAAGAGUAAUAUUCGAACCAAUUACUCCAAUUCAAGUGAAUUUUAGCUUAAACUGUACAGAUAAAGAAAGAAAGCCCUUCAAAACAAAGAUAGAGAAACAAAUGAAUGCAUGUAAAUACCAGUAGCCUGUGUGUGGUCCAUAACAUAUAUUUUAGUGUUUGUUUGUCUAUAGAUAUAGAAAGGGUGGCUUUUCUCUCUGAUCUAUGUAUAUAAAGAAUAAAUUAGAUUGUAAGCAUAUAUGUAUGUGUGUUCAAUUAUUACAUGCUACUCUGAAUAUUGUAUAAAAUGCAUAUCACAGAUGCCAGUGAACGUUAAAUACUAAAUUUAUGUGUUACUCUGUCUUUUCUUCUAUUAUUACUCCAUAAAUUAAUUCUACGACUGAAGAAGUAGUUUGUUUUCUUAUUCAGGUAACUGAAGAGCUUAAAUUGGUCAGAUGUUAGUAAAAUUUGGAAAUUAAAUUAAACAAAUUUAAAAAUAAUUUAAAACACAAAUUUACAACAUUAGAAUUCUAAUGUUGUUUUAAUAUUUUAAUAAUUUCAAGAUUUUUUGUGAUGUGCAAUGAUCAUCGUAUAAUGUGUUACUGAUUGUAAUACGUCAUAUUAACGGCCUAAUUUAGAAGAAGAAUAGCAAAAACGUCCUUUAAAAACAAUACUGUUAAUUUUAUUAAUAGAUUUUGGACAAUGUAGUAUACAUUGAUUGUCUCAAAAGAUAUUUUUAUCUUCGAUUGAUUAUCAUAUUUUGGAUAUGUCGUAUUUGAUUAAAGAAGAAUGGGUUGCGUUAAUAGUCGGGCAGAUAUUAAUGAUCUCCAUCCAAAUAUAUUCCAAGUAAUGAAUGUUGAUGACUUGGGUAAUCUUAUUACCCCUGGUAGACUAGAAGUAACUGAGUCAGACAUUGUACUUUAUCCAAGAAGCAAGCAACCAGUCAAAUGGCCACUUAGAUGUUUAAGAAGAUAUGGAUAUGAUUCUGAAAUUUUUAGUUUCGAGUCAGGAAGAAGAUGCUCCACUGGUCCAGGAAUUUUUGCUUUUAAAUGUCGAAGAGCUGACCAACUUUUCAAUCUCGUGCAAACAAAUAUUCAAGAAUGCAACAAUAGUGGAGAAGAUGCAAUAUCACGAGAUCUUUCAAUACCAUCACAUUCUGGUCCAACAAUCACGCGAUUAACAACAAUACAGAGUGAACCGAAUUACCUUGAUCCAACACCACUUUGGGCUAAUAGUCGAGUUAAUGCUAGAUUUUCUCAUAGUCAGCAAAAUGGAACCAGUAGAUUAGGUAGUGUAGGUAGUAGCAGUGGACCUAUAUCACCACAAGGUACUAUAAGUUCACCAUCUCCACCACCUGUGAUGCUGCCACCGCCACCACCCGCUCCACAGCCCCAUCCGUCCGCAUUAUAUGUCAACGAAGAUAUUUUGUCAACUAUGGCUACAGAAAUGGAGCACAAUAAUAACAAGAGCUUGCGGAGAACAAUCCAAAGAUCUUAUACAAUAAGUAGUACAACAUCGAGUAGUGGAUUUGCAUCUGAAACAAUUGGUAUGCUGAACAACCAAGACAUCCACAAUCACAAUAAACCAUCGCCUUUAACGAUGACUCCAUACAUGAAUGUGGAUUUGAGUAAUGAUCCUAGUCCACUUUCGCCUUCCCAUAGUAUUUCUGUGUCUACACCAUUAAAAGAAGAUAAAUAUGAGACAGACAAUUCAGGACAUGCCUAUGUGAACGUUAACCUCAGUCAAGAAAAUUUAUUAGAAUGCUCAAAUAAUAUACGCACACGAGUGUCGACAUUACCAAUUGUAUCACCAUCUCUUCCACCAGACUGGGAUGAUAGUUCUCGACAUUGUUACGCUAACCUUGAACCAAAAGAACUUGAUAAUUUGCGUACGAAAAUUGCAGCAACUUCCGCAAGUACUGAAAAGCCAGUAGUACUGCCAGUAGCUCUACCUGCAGAAGUUACAAGAGAAGUCAAUUACGCUGUGCUGGAUCUAGACAAAAAUAACAUUUCAGUGACGUUAACACCUGAUAAUGCUAAUUCAUUGCCGUCUCCUCCGGAUUCACCUGAUAAACCCCAAAAAGGUUAUGCAACAAUAGAUUUUAAUAAAACGGCUGCACUGUCUCAUUCCGCCAAUCCAAAUGUCGUUAACGACAAUGAAGGAUCGAGAAAAACGAGACAUAAUUCAACUAUCAACGAUUUAAGUACCCCUUCGAGGCAGAGCUCUUCCAUAAGUGAGUAAUUUCAUGUUUUAUAUACCAUUUUUUUAUAUAAUUAACGCACAUUUUCUAUAACAUUAUGUUUUUUAUAUACAUCCAUUCUUUCAUGAGAUUUAUAAAAUUUCAAUGAUAACAUAAUGAUCUUAUUGAGAGGUAUUAUUGUAAAACACAUUAUAAUAUUAAAUAAUGUAAAAAAGAUCUCACUUUAUGAAAGUUAUGUUUCUAGUAAAUGUGAUAGAGAUCACAUAAGUAAAUAAGAAUCUCUGUACAAAAGCCUAGAUCGAAAAUCACGAUGCUUUCUAAUUUUGACUCUUCACUAUAUUCAUUACAUUUGUAUGAAAAAAUGCCAAAAAAUAGAUAGCUAGAAGUUAAAUUUAUUGGAAUGGAAUUCGUUGAUGGGUAUAAUACUGAUUAUGUUCUUAGAGUUUAACUCAGUUAUAAAAAUAUUUAAAUAUUUAAUGAUAGUUAAAAAUUGAUCUUAUCAUAAAAGAAUAUAUUUUAAAUUAUAUUUAUUAAUUAAUGUGAUUUGAAAAUUUAAUUUUCAUGCUUAUAAAGCAAACUUUUAACGAUUAUUUAAUUUUUCUUUCAAUUUUAUGGGUCUUUUGAAGAUAUCUUGUACAAAAUAAGUUGAAGAGAUGUUAUCAAAAUAAAAAUUUAUGUUAAUAAACACAAAAAACCAAAGAUUAUUAAUAUAUCAAUAGGUAAAUGAUUUUUAAUGAUACAUUUAUUUGCAAAUAAGUAGAAAUUUUGAAAUAAUGAAAACUGAUGGCAUUUUCUUCAACUUUCACAAAGUAAAGUGAUAAAGUAGGUAGAAUGAAAAUAGAAUUUUAAAAUUGUUUAUAAAACCUUACAUAAAACUUGUUUAUCUCAUUGAGAAUGGAAAAGUUACAAUAUAUCCAUAAGGCCUGUUUAUGAAGUUUAUAGUGUGUAAUUAAAAAUGACAAAUUGAGUCACACUCUGGAUUUAAAUGAGUAUUUAUACCUACUCAAUAAUUGAUAGCUUCUAUAUUAGAUAUGUUUGUAAUCAUGGAGAAAUUAGAGAAAUUCAUUACAGUUUAAUUGAUAUAUUUAAGUAGAUAUUAGAAUGAAGGUUGUAAGAUUUUUAAGAAUAUGUAAAAAAAUACACCUUUUUAAGAGCUUUAUCGUGAAUAGCAUCAAUCUUGAUAAUUCAUUUGUUUUUGCUCUUAAGCUUGAUGCUAAGCACAUUAAUAUAACAUUCGAACAAAUAAAUUAAAAAAUAAUAGAGUAAAACUUUUAGAUUUGAUAUGCAAAGAAUGCCAAAUUUUGAACUGAAAAUAAAUGAUUCCAUAUGAAAUUUGAUAUGUCUUACACAGGAAAUAUUUAUUGUUAAUCAGAGAAUGUGAAAAAAGUUUUCUCGUAUAAAAUUAUAUACUAGAGUUUAGCCUGUAUUUCAUAUUACUAUGGAAUAUAUGUUACUUGAAACUUUUUAUCAUCUUAAUUUAAUAUGUGAAUUUUUUUUUAAGUGAAUUCUAAAUUUAGAAAAUUGACAUACAAAUUCCAAAUAUUCUAAUUUGGUAGAAUAUUUUUUAUUUUGAAGUAUUAAGAUGAUGAAAAGUAGAAAGCCUACAAAUUGAGAUUUAUAAUCAGCUGAAGAUAAUUAAGUCAAAACAAUAUUUACGAGCACAAAUUUCCAUGACAUUACUGAAUUCGAGUUACUAUGUUAUUUAAAACAAUUAUUUUUAAUUUUCUUAAAUUUUAAUUAAAUAUUUAAUGUAUUGAAAAAUUAAUUAUUUAAAAUUCCAAUGAUAUCAUAUAUAUGAUAUUGUAUCAUUUGGAUUUAUAAAUUGUUAUUCAAAUCUCUUUUGGUUGAAAUAAUUAAAAAUAAUUCCAUUGUGUCAAAAAAAUAGGAAACGAUGAUUCAGCUACACUUAACAAAUGAUUUUGUUAAUAAAUGUGUCAUCUGUCUCAUACAUCUAGAAGCCAAGUGUUGAAAUAAAUAAUUAAAUAAAAAUGAUAUCGUAAAUAAUGAAUUACUUCAAAUUUAGAUUGAUAUAAAAGCUAGAAUACUAUCAGGUUAUAGAAACAAAAAUUUUUAUCAAAGUUUAAAAAUAACACACAGGAAAGACAUUUAUAUUAAUCUAUUAUAUUGAUGAAUCAUACAAAAAAAAAAAAGAAAAAAUAACACUUGAAUGUGAAGCAUUUCACAGGAAUGGCAGUAUUAUUAUGACAUCAUAAUAAAUACUAGUCUGGCUGCCUUUUGAAUUGUAAGAUUAUGAUAUAGGUAUGUAAUAGAUUUCAGUAAUUAAUUAGAAACAACUGAACUAACGACCUAUUCAACUUAAAAUUUUAAAUGCACAAUAUGAUUAUAAAUUGGAUUAAAAGGACUUGUCUCUAAAGUGUUUUAGGAAGUAGAGUUACAUACAAUAGUCAGCUUUAUUGGAAAAAAAGCGAAGAUAAUUGAAUAAACAAAAAACUUAAAGAAUAAUAAAAAUGACUUUGAGUACAUUAUCGUACAGUAAUUUUAAGAAUUUGUAAAUAUGUGUGGCGUAAUAUAUUUUUUAUUGAACAAAUCUGCAGAAUAUGCAGUAACUGUAUCCAAUGGCUGUGAAAUGUCAUUUGCCACAAGUAAUAUAAUAAUAAUGAUAACAAUAAUACAUCAUUAUUGUAAAAAUAUACGAGAUAUAGAUGUAUAAAUGAUAUAUUUAAUUCUUUUUGCAGUUCAAUGAACAA